AUGUACUCCUUAGGAAAGGCUGAUGAACCUUCUAGUAGGAACAAGAAAAGACAAGCAUCGAAGAAAAGCAGCAGCGAGUCAACUGAAAAAACUAUACAGGCACAAACAUCUAGUAGCAGAGACCUGCGGAUAAAAACAACAUUACAGGAUUUACUUAUCUACAUUAUCUUCCUUAUAGAUAUCUGCAUAUUAACAUUUGGUCAGAUAAGCACUGACAUGUACUACCACACCAAAGUCAUGUCCAAGUUGUUCUUGGAAAGCAGUCUUUCAGAAAAGGAUACAAGCAACUAUAAAUCAUUGGGAAGCAUGGAAGACAUUUGGACGUAUUUUGAAGGACCUUUACUGGAUGGCCUCUACUGGGAUUCAUGGUACAACAACAAGAGCCUACCUACAAAUGAAAGCCAUAUAUAUUAUGAAAAUGUGCUGUUGGGAGUUCCACGCAUUCGACAAGUCAAAGUGGUUAAUAAAUCCUGUCCUUUGCAUUCUAGUUUUGUCUCAAUAACUCAAUGUUUUGAUUCAUACUUGUCUGAAGAAGAAGAUAAAUCAUCUUUUGGACCAAAGAAUGGGACAGCCUGGGAAUAUACGGCUCCCAGAUCUUUUCCGGAAAGCCAUUGGGGUAUGAUAGCUACCUACAGCAGUGGAGGGUUUUACAUGGACCUUGGUAGCACAAAAAGCAGGAGUGCCAAAUUGAUUAAACAUCUCAAAGACAACCUGUGGCUGUCCAGAGCAACAAGAGCAGUCUUUGUUGAUUUCUCUGUUUACAAUGCUAACCUUAACCUUUUUUGCGUGGUCAGGUUAGUGGCGGAGACUCCAGCCACUGGAGGGGUCCUUACAUCUUGGGAGUUUUACUCAGUGAAGCUUCUCCGUUACAUCUCUAAAUAUGAUUACUUCCUUGCGUCGUGCGAGGUUUUAUUCAUUCUAUUCAUUUUUGCCUUUUUCAUCCAAGAAUGUAUUGACAUCUAUAAAACAAAAUGGAACUACUUCAAAAAUGGUUGGAACUGUGUAGAUGUGCUUUUAGUUGUGCUAUCUUUGAUGGCUAUCUUUUUCAACGUUUAUCGCACUAUGAAUGUUGAAAGCUUGCUUUAUCGCCUGCUCAAGAAUCCACACAAGUACCCCAAUUUUCAUUUUCUAGCCUUCUGGCAGACACAGUACAAUAACAUGAUUGCUGUCAAUGUUUUCAUAUCCUGGGUGAAGGUAUUCAAAUACAUAAGUUUUAACAGGACAAUGAGUACCCUCUCUUCUACUUUGUCCCACUGUGCCAAAGACAUCAUCGGCUUUGCAGUCAUGUUUUCCAUAGUCUUCUUUGCUUAUGCACAGUUGGGGUACCUCCUGUUCGGCUGCCAAGUGGACAGCUUUUCUAGUUUUAAAAAUUGCGUCUUUACACAGUUUCUAGUUAUUCUUGGAGAAAUCAACUUCAAUGAGCUUGAGCAAGCAAACAGGAUUCUGGGGCCAAUUUAUUUCACAACAUUUGUGUUCUUUGUAUUCUUUGUGCUUUUGAACAUGUUUCUGGCUAUUAUUAACGAUACAUAUGCAGAAAUUAAAUGUGAUCAGUCACUCCAGAUGACAGAUUAUGAAGUGAGUGAUUUCAUUAAGAAGACUUGCAAUGCAGCCCUUGUUAAACUACGGCUUAAGAAGAAGAAGCUGGUGGAAAACACCACUGAAAGCAUAAAGGACACAGAGGGGAUCAUAUCUGUGAAACAAUUCCAGGUGGAGAUGUUGAAGAAAGGCUAUACAGAAGAAGAAACUAAAGAAAUCUUAAUGAAGUAUGAUGUAAACAGGCUGACACUAUGACAAGUGAACUUGAAAAACAAGAGCACUCUGCCCUGAAGGAAGACAAUGGGAGAAGGACAGACAGUACACACGGUGAACAGGGGGAUCUUCCGUUACCUCCUGAAUUUGUGUCGAAGCAAGACUAUCAGCGGAUGGUGAAACAUGUUUUCCAGUUGGAGGAGCGGAUUGAUGAAAUUACAUUCAUGAACAAUAAACUACUUAUACAGUUAAAUUCUUUAGAAUCGAUAACAUCGUCAGAAAGUUGCAAAAAGGAUGAUUGGGACUUUGUAAGUUAUAAAAUCUCUUUCAAUACAAAUAGUUUUGUUGAGGGGUAUAUCAGAAGUUUGAACAAAUAUAGUAUUGCCAUCAUUAUGGGUGACCAAAGCAUGAUUUUGAACUCUAAUGCAAUCUAAUAAAAGCGUUUCAGGUCGACAUUGUCGGCUACUGUACACAGGCCUUUAGUAUGAGUCAUGUAAUACAGUAUGACCUGCAGCAGGGCCAUUGAGAAUUUGUGCCUCACAGACUAACCGAUAGCACCUUUAUAACUAGAACUUAGAACAGAACAAGAGAAAACAUGUCCAGCAUUAAAAUUGCCCAAAAAGCAAGAACAUGUUUUGUAUUGGCAGAAAUUGACUGAAUUGUAAUUGGAGUGGCAACUGUACAUGUUAAAUAAUUUAUUCCAAAUAAAAUUAAAAAAACCUAAUUACAUUCUACAUUUAGUCAUAUGCCUUGUUUCCAUCUAAUACUUGGAGGUGAAAAUGAUUUGAAAUCAGUCCUGUUUGUUUCUAUCGGCAGCAGACCAAGAUCAGAGCAUUUUGGAUGGCAGGUGUUAAACCUCAGACUUCAGGAAAAAUGAGCUUUAUGUAGAAUGUCAAUUCAUUUUAAUACCAGGUAGUUGAAGGAAUUCUAAAUGAGAAUUAUACAAAACAAUUACUUACAAAUCUAGUUGUUAAAGUUGGAUUUGGUGGA